GCCGCCUAUCCCCCGGGACCGGCCGCGGGCCGCCCACACGGGACGCGGCCGCGGGCGGAAGCGGAGGCGCCGUGAGGCGAGGGCAGCGCUGGCGGGGUGUGCUAAUUGGAGCUUGUUCCCAUCGCUGGGAUGGCUCCCUGGGUACCUUUAGGUACGAUGGCUCGUGUCUUCGUGUACGGCACGCUUAAGAAGGGCCAGCCCAACUACAAGCACAUGAUAAACACCGCCAAGGGGAUAGCGAAAUACCAAGGAAGGGGCCGCACCGUGGAGAAGUACCCUCUGGUGAUCGCAGGGAAAUACAACAUCCCUUUCAUGCUGAACAUCCCGGGCACGGGGCACCACGUGGCCGGGGAGAUUUACACCGUGGACGACCAGAUGCUGCAGUUCCUCGACGAAUUCGAAGGCUGCCCAGACAUGUACCAGCGCACGACGAUGAGAAUCGAGGUGGUGGAGUGGGAAGGGAAAAGCAGCGCGGCCGGGAGCAGCGUGAUGGAGUGCUUUGUGUACAGCACGACCACCUACCAGCCCGAGUGGGUCCAGCUGCCCUACCAUGACAAUUACGAUUCCUCCGGGACUCACGGCCUCUCCUACGUGCUGCGCGAGAGCAGGGAUUAAGCCAGCGCAGCCCCGCCGAAGGCGCAGUAGCACGGUAGCACCUUCCAGGAAACCCGUAAUGCCCUUGUAUUAAAACCCGAGAUCUCUUGUAACCUCCCAAACCUGGGCGCGUUGGCUCUAGCGUGUCGUAGGCCUGGAGGCUGGCACGCAGCCCCGGCUAGGCACAGCCUGCUGCCCCCACUAACACAGCCUAACUGGUUUCGCAUGACGCCUGAACCAAGCGUAUCUGUCUGCGCGCACCCCUCUGGGGGUUUGGGUUUUAUCCUCCACCACCCCCAGCCUCGCCUCAAGUACGGGGCUGAGGUGAGUGAAAGGCAGAUGAACACACUAACUCCUUCUUACCAGAAUUGAUAAAUUUAUCACGUGUGUUCUCCAAGGCAGGCGGCGAAAUAAUGAUGCUGUUGUACUAAUAGCUACAACUGAUUUUUAAAAAUUUUAUCUGCAAACAAAGUAAAACACACCUCGCAUUUAAUAUCGCUUUGUGUGUGGUAGGCUACUGAAUGUAAACAACCUGGGCAAACAAAUGUGUCUUGGGAGAGAAAUGACCAUACCGAUAGCCUGCACUUCAAGGAAAACCUGAAAUUGCUGUAGAAAUAGAGGGGAGAGAAUUUAACAAUGACUAUUCCUACUCUGUGAUGCAAUGUUUUCUGAACUGGAGAUGAUUAUUUUUAAAACGUGUUUAGUUUUAUGAGAAGAGAUAUUAAAGAAAUAUUAAAUAUUAAAGAGAAUUACAUUUCAAGUCGUAUUUUUAAUUUAACAUCCUACUAAGCACUUUAGGUACUAUUUCACUUUAAUAAGGGACUGGGGGAAUCUGGGAGUUACGGGCCAGGGAAAGCAAACCUGAUUUCAGCUGCCCACCACAGUACACCUGCAGCUGGGGUGGGCACUUACUGUCCAGGUGACUUUUAGCCAAGCACUUUAAUGCAGAACUUGCAGUCAGAUGCAGUCUGAAUUUCUUACUGGGGGGCGAUUAUUACUCACGUUAUAAUAUUAAAAAAAUCCCCAAAGGACCUGUAUGUGAUUAUUGCAACAUUUAAAGUGCCAAAAAAAAAAAA